AUGAACUUUAUGAAGAAGAUGUCGUCACAGGUGGUUACAGGCACAGACAAGGCCAAGUGGCGGACGGCGGUGAACGAGUCGGUCAGCGAGGACGUGGCGUGGCGAAGCGAGAUCAACACACGGCUGGACGCUCUAGACAACGAGCUCAUGGUGCUCAUGACUACGUUCGACGGGAUAGACGCCAAGCUGGCGGUUGUGAGCGAGACCAUCGACGAGCGCGUGGCGCCGGCGCUUGACGCGCACGACGCCCAGCGCACGGCCAUCUCCCUCUCCAACCACCAGUGCACGUAUCUUGCGCAGCUCCCGGAUCUCAUCGCUGACUGCAACGCCGUCAUUGCCGAGUAUAAGCUGUUCAAGAACCCGCCCCCGCCCGAGACAGACGACCCCUACGCGCUUCUCCUGGGCGCCACCCCGGACCUCAUCUGACCCUCCAUCAACACCCCUCCCUUCAUACAGACGACGAUCGCAACAUCGUCUCCUCUGAGCGCCCACCAACUGCUGGACGCCGAAUAAACGAACAAAACGUC